UUUUAUGUCUCCGCCAAGCUGGGCACACUGCGACGGCGCGCUUCACAAUCGAAUUGUGUACAUUUACAUUGUUUUAAAACGUAUUCAAUCACUGAUUAGCUGCAUUAUACUGGGAAUGGAGUCGGUGAAACGCGGCUUCCUGCGCGCCUGCAAGAACCACAGCUGCCUCAGCUAUCAGCUGAUCGACGAUAUUCUGGCGCCGCUGUGUGCCAACCACAAGACUCCAAAGCCCGCCAGCAAGGAGGCGAUAAGGGCACUGGUGGCGGAGAUUAACGACACCAUUAGUGACUUGGGCCAGUCGCUGGUCUUCAUCAAGUAUCCGAUCAUGGCCGAGGAGUACCUGGUGUACGCCAAGACGGACGCCACGCCAGAUAGCGUCGCCAACACGGGUCUGACUGCUGAGGAGUGCCAGUACUUCUCCAAACUGCUGGACAAAAUUGCCUCCGAGGAGGAAUGUCACAUCGCGUGGAAUGCUGCCUACAACGAUGUCAUUCUACAGGCCACCUGGAAGCCGUUGAAGAAGAGCCGCAUGCAGGAGCUGCUCCAGAAGUGGACCCAAAUGGGCUACUUCAUGGAGGUGGACGAGAGAAUCUACCUGGGUCCACGCAGCCUCGUCGAGCUCAGUUUCUACUUGGGCUCCAAUCACGGGGAAACCAUCAAGAACUGCACGCUGUGCAAAUGCCUGGUGUUGUGGGACAUCCGCUGCGCGUCCUGCAACAUCCAGUACCACCGCGAGUGCAUCAAAACCUACCUACAGAGGCGCGAUCUUUGCCCCUCGUGCGGCAACCUGUGGACAACUCCUAUAAGACGCUCCACCGGUUAGUCAGCAUAUCCGUACCUGUACUAAAGUUUUGAAAUUAGAACAAGCCGAGUUAGCGGUAUUAACUAAAUGAAGUUGAGCUUAAAAAUAAACUAU